AAUAACGUGCUAUUCAAAAGAAAAACAAACACAUUCUGUGCUGCAUAUAGUUUUUAUAUUCGUAUCGAUUAGAAUUAUUUUUUGUUAAGUUUAAAUUCUUAAAAAAUAAUUAAAAUGUCAUGUGAUCAUCCACAUGGGAAGCCAGUAACUGUCAUGAAGUUUUCUGAAACUGGUGAAGUUAUUGUUGACAAUGAAGAAAUUGACAGAAUUUUCAAUAAUCCGGAAAUUGAAGAUAGAAAAAUUGUAAUUCUUUCAUUAAUUGGUGCUUUUCGGGGUGGGAAAAGUUUUCUUUUGAAUUAUUGCCUGAGAUUCUUAUAUGCAAAUUAUUCAUCAAUCAACAAACCUAAAGAAGGAAUGCCAUACUUCUUCCAUAAGAAUGAAAACUGGAUGGGAAGUUGUGACGAACCAUUGAAAGGGUUCUCAUGGCGAUCAGGAAUAGAUCGUGACACAAUUGGCAUAAUUUUAUGGAACGAUGUCUUCCUUCAUACUCUUGAUUACAGUGGAGAGAAACUUGCUAUUGUUAUCAUGGAUACUCAAGGUCUUUUUGACAAUAAUUCAUCACCAACUGAAAAUUCACGUAUUUUUGCACUAAGCAAUUUAAUUUCAUCAGUUCAAGUUUUAAAUCUUGCUAAUAGAAUUCAAGAAGAUCAACUUCAACAUCUUCAAUUUGCAACAGAAUAUACUCAGUUUACUGUUAUUGAUAGUAUUGAGGCAAAUGAAAAGCCUUUUCAAAAUUUAAUGUUUCUUGUCCGAGACUGGAACAAUGUCGAAGAUUAUGAAUUUGGCAAGGAUGGCGGAAUGAAAUAUUUUCAGGAAGAAGUUCUUGUGAUUGAUUCACAAAGAGAGGAAUUAAAUUCAGUUCGUGAAUCAAUAACCAAUUCUUUUGAUCAAUUUGCAUGCUGUUUGCUUCCUCAUCCAGGAAAAGUUGUUGCUGGAAGUAAAAAUUAUGAUGGUCGUUGGUCGGCAAUGGAUGAAGAGUUUAAAGAUGAAUUACAAAGUCUUAUCGAGUGUCUUUUACUUCCACAAAAUUUGAUUGUCAAAAAAAUUAACUCAAUGGAUGUAAACGUUAGGGAAAUGAGGCAGUACAUCCAGAAUUAUUUCAGAUUGUUCCAAUCAAAUGAAGACCCAGGAGUAUCCAGCAUUUAUGAAUUGACUGUUGAGAGUUUUAUGAAUAAUUUGAUAAGAAUGUGCAUUGAUGAAUAUAAGCUGGCAGUUUACACCAACAGAGACUUAAUAGGCGAGGAACACUUGAAAACUGUCCAUGACAAUUGCAAGAAAAAGACAUUGGACGAGUACGACGAAAUGAAAAAGAUGGGAAACGCUAAGCAUGAACAAAAAUUCAGAAACAAUUUAGCAGAAAAAAUUGAUAAAAUUUACAGCGAACACAAGGAUCAGUCAGACAGUAAUUUACGUAAGUUUGAAGAGGAAAUGGGUGAACAACAAAAAUUGUUCGAAAAGGAAAUGCAACAAAGAAAAGAAGUUGAGGAAGAACUAGAACUAGCAGAAAGCAUGUUAAGAAAUCUUAAAGAAAUGAUACCUGAAGAUAAAAAUCAGAAGGAGGAACUUAAAAGGCAAAUCGAAAUAGCUGAAAAACGCAUCAAAGCUGCAAAAGCUGUUAUUAUUAAAUUAAAUAAAAAAGCAGGCAGAAAUUCUAAAUUUCGAGCAUUCUUAUUUACAGUUAUUGGAAGUGGAAUUGCAAUUGGACUUAAAGUCAAACCAAUUAAAGCCUGUUUAAUUAUGUAAAUUUUAACAA